AAAAAAUUACAUAUUUGACACUUGACAUCACGGAGCGGACCACUUAGCCGCCACCAUGGGACUGUGACCCGGGCUGCGAGCUCUGAGAGGCGGCUGUUUGUGUAGUCUGUGCUCCGUGUGCAGACUGGACCUGAGCAGUUGUGACAUUUUGAGCCAUGGCUGCUGCUAUCGCGAGUGGGCUGAUCAGACAGAAGAGACAGGCACGGGAGCAGCAUUUGGACCGGCCCUCGACUAACCGACGGAGAAAGAGCCCCAACAAGAACAAGGGGCUCUGCAAUGGGAACCUGGUCGACAUCUUCUCUAAAGUGCGCAUCUUCGGCCUCAGGAAACGGAGACUACGAAGACAAGAUCCCCAGCUCAAGGGUAUAGUGACCAGGUUAUAUUGCAGGCAGGGAUACUACUUGCAAAUGAACCCCGAUGGCUCUCUUGAUGGGACCAAGGAUGACAGCAGUAAUUCCUCUUUGUUCAACCUUAUUCCUGUGGGCCUCAGAGUCGUCGCCAUUCAGUCCGUGAAGACAGGGUUAUACAUCGCCAUGAACGGGGAGGGCCAUCUGUACACAUCAGAACUCUUUACAGCAGAGUGCAAGUUCAAAGAGUCGGUGUUUGAGAACUACUAUGUGAUCUACUCGUCCAUGUUGUAUAGACAACAGGAGUCGGGGAGAGCUUGGUUCCUAGGGCUCAAUAAAGAGGGCCAAGCCAUGAAGGGGAACCGAGUGAAAAAAACAAAACCAGCUGCUCACUUCCUGCCCAAGCCAUUAGAAGUUGCCAUGUACAGAGAGCCAUCGUUGCAUGAUGUUGGAGAGACAGUGCCCAAGGCGGCAGUUCCUCCCAGUAAAAGCACAAGUGAGCCGGCAGUGAUGAACGGAGGUAAACCUGUAAGCAAGCCCGACAAGCCCGCCACAUAGCCACACCUGACCGGUGUGUGUGCGCGUGCGUGCGGAGGGGAGGGGGGAAACGUGACGGAGGCAGGGCUUUUUUUUUCCCGACUAGACUCCAGACCCUCUUUCUUCUGUGGAUCAGAUCCAGGCGAAAACCUCCCCUUCCUUUUCUUCUCUCGCUCCUCCUUCCUCUUUCUCCACCUCGCCCUCCUUUUUCUCCAGCUGUCUCAACAUGGGCGCACGGAUUCUGAGGCGGCUGAGUUUUCUCCAGCACAGGAGGGAGGAGGACCUCUGAUCAAGGAAUGCCUUUUAGAUUCCUCUAAAACUGUGAGAAUUCAUGUGAAUAACGCGUGUUUUACAGCCACGCUCGUGGUACUUUGCUUGCUGACGGUUCAUUCAAGAAACACCCCCCCCCACCCUCCUCCUCUCUCUAUAACGCCCUGUUGCAGCAGAGUCUGUGUACCUUCAGAUCUAUUUUCUAUACCACAGUUCACCAGCUAUGUUCUGGGAUAGAGACUGUAUAGAUAGAGUAAAUAUUUGGACUGUCGUCCUCUAUUUUUUACGAGUAUGUUCCCCUCUCCCUCUCUUUCUAUCUCCAGUCACACACUUUUCUCUUUGUCGAGUAACCUAGAAAAGAUAAAAAACAUUUUGCAAGGGAGUUGUGUGAUUUUCUAAAAACACAGAUGUGGCAUAAAAACAAAC